AGGCUGUCGGGGUGAACUGGAAGCGAGUUGAAAAGGGGCUUAUCUGCAGUUUGAUUUGAACUGUUGUCAUCCCAGCUCUCCACAUCUCCUCUGCAGCUGAUCUUUCUUCUUCCCUCAGACAAUGAGCUCUCCGAAGGUGCCCCAGCCCUCUUUGCUCUGGAUCAGCUGGGCUCCACAUCUGUUUGUUACAAGCCUACCAGCCCAGUCCAGGUACUGGAAGACACUGGCUUUCUUUACCAGGAUCACCAGUUGUUUGCUGGCAGGCAUGAAGUUUCUCCGCUAACAGCUGAAGGGAUCAGUGCCAAAGAAAAAGCUGCCGAGGAGGCCCUCUGCACCCUGCGCCCACCCAGCUUCCGCCGGGUCCCAGAGGCGGAGAUGCGAGGGGCGGACGAGGUGGCAGCCGGCACCGUCCUGCAGCGCCUGAUCCAGGAGCGGCUGAGGUAUGGCAACCCCAGCGAGAACAUGAACCUGCUGGCCAUACAGCACCAGGCGACGGGCAGCGCCGGCCCCUCCAACAGCACUGCCAGCACUCUCUCUUCCGCAGAGAACCUCGCUCCCGAAGAGCCGCCAAUGGUCCAGCCGUCAGGGCGGCAGGAACCGCAGGGGCAGGAGCACCAGGGGGACGGUGCUGUGAUGGAGAAGCAGCCCCGAGCCCCGCAGCCCCCGCAUGGCACCGAGGAGCUGCCCACCUACGAGGAAGCCAAGGCUCAGUCUCAGUUCUUCCGAGGACAGGCACCCACGGCCACUGCGGCCGCUCCGGGGUUUUAUGGCACAUCCAGCCAGAAGUCCAGGACGGAGGGGAGGCCGACGGUGAACCGGGCCAACAGCGGGCAGGCGCAUAAGGAUGAGGCGCUGAAGGAGCUGAAGCAGGGCCACGUCCGCUCACUGAGCGAGAGGAUCAUGCAGCUCUCACUGGAGAGGAAUGGUGCCAAGCAGCAUCCCCCGGCACCGGGUGGCACGAAAGGCUUCAAGGCGGCCCCACAGCCCAGCAAGGCUACGGACCCACGGGGCCCGCCGCCCGAGUACCCCUACAAAGGCAAGGCACCCACUCCAGGCAGCAAGGGACAGGAGCAUGGGAUGUUCUAUGGCGAGCAGCCGGCGCAGGAUGUCCUCAAGGCUUCCUUUGCUGCCCCGCAGCCCUCUGCCCGCACAGAGGUGGCCCUGGUCCGGUACCAGCCACCGCCGGAGUAUGGAAUCAGCAGCCGACAAUGCCAGCCGCCCUUCCCGCCGCCGCCGGCCCAGCAGCACAGCCCCAUGUCCUCACAAGCCACCGCUGCCACCGGCCCCCUGCUCCCGGGUACCUUGCCCCCAUUGCAGGCUCCUGCCCAGCCACCGACGCCACCGGGCCAGCAGCUAACACCCGAUGCCUUCGCCAUCGUGGAGCGGGCGCAGCAGAUGGUAGAAAUGCUGUCCGAGGAGAACCACGUGCUGCGGCAGGAGCUGGAGGGGUACUAUGAGAAGGCAGACAAGCUGCAGAAGUUUGAAAUAGAGAUUCAGAGGAUUUCAGAAGCUUAUGAGGGCUUGGUCAAGACCACCACUAAGAGAGAGUCUUUGGACAAAGCGAUGAGGAACAAGCUCGAAGGAGAAAUUAGGAGACUUCAUGACUUCAACAGGGAUCUCCGUGAACGACUGGAGACAGCCAAUAGGCAGCUGGCCAGCAGAGACUUCGAUGGGCAUGAGGAUAAAUCAACAGAGGGCCUUUAUGUCACUCAGAACAAAGAGCACUUGAAGGAGAAGGAGAAGCUGGAGAUGGAGCUGGCAGCUGUGCGCUCUGCCAAUGAGGACCAGCGGAGGCACAUCGAGAUCCUCGACCAGGCCCUCAACAACGCGCAAGCCAAGGUCAUCAAACUGGAAGAGGAGCUGCGCAGGAAGCAGGCCUAUGUGGAGAAGGUGGAGAAGCUGCAGCAGGCGCUGACGCAGCUGCAGGCAGCCUGCGAGAAGAGGGAGCAGAUGGAGCGGCGGCUGCGCACGCGCCUGGAGCGGGAGCUGGACUCACUGCGGAUGCAGCAGAGGCAGGGCAGCUACCAGGCGAGCAGCCUCCCGGAGCACAAUGCCCCAGCCCUGAUGGAGCUGGUGCGGGAGAAGGAGGAGAGGAUCCUGGCCCUGGAAGCGGACAUGACCAAGUGGGAGCAGAAGUACCUGGAGGAGAGUACGAUCAGGCACUUCGCCAUGAAUGCCGCGGCCAGUGCUGCAACGGAGAGGGACACCUCAGCCCCAAGCCACUCACGCAGUGGCAGCUAUGGUGAGAGCGCACUGGAGGUGCGGGGCUGGCAGGAGGAGGAGGAGAUCGUGCAAGCCAACCGGCGCUGCCAGGACAUGGAGUACACAAUAAAGAAUCUCCAUGCCAAAAUAAUUGAGAAGGAUGCCAUGAUCAAAGUCCUUCAGCAACGGUCACGGAAGGACCUUGGGAAAGCUGACAGUGCCAGCCUACGACCGGCUCGGUCCGUCCCCUCCAUUGCUGCUGCUACGGGUGUGCAUUCACGCCAGACCUCUCUUACCAGCAACCAGAUAGCUGAGGAGAAGAAGGAAGAGAAGAUCUGGAAGGGAAGCAUAGGGCUACUCUUGGGGAAGGAGCACCAUGACCAUCCAUCAGGCCCCUCACUGCCUCCACCCCUGCCCUCCUUGUCCUGCAUGCCCAUCCCAGCACCGGUGGCCUCCCAUGCGAAGACAGGCAGCAAAGACAGCAGCACCCAGACGGACAAAAGCGCCGAGCUCUUCUGGCCUGCCACUGCCUCCUUCCCUGGCCGUGGACGGCUGGGUACCACCCCAUCGCACAGCCCAGCUCCACGGCCCCCGGGGACACGAGGGACCAGCGAGAAACUGGAGAACUCCAGCCACGGGAAGCUGCUCGACAGCAAAGGCAGAGUGAGCAGCUUGCUCCACAAGCCCGAAUUUCCAGAUACAGACAUGAUGGAAGUCCUCAUCUGAGCAGAGGACAGCGUCUCUGGGGAUUUUUGUGCAUACAGCCAGGUCCGAGAUGGUCCUUGGUGUGCAACGCUUAAGAACUAACCCUGAGAGCAUGAAGAAAGAAACAGAAAGUUUGUGCCCAAAUCAAAGCUUGAGUCUGGUAUGUUGAGACUUUGGACCAGGCGAGGAGUCAAGAACGCUGAAGAGGAGCGAUGAAACAAACAUGUGGGGUUUUCUGAGCAGAAAGGGGCAUUGAAGAUGGAAAAUGGCACGAGAAGGGGAUCAUUGAGGGAAAAGGAAACUGCAUUUUCUGGUGUAAAGAGAAGGUAUCGAAGUUACAGACUGGGUGCACACCGCUGCUCUGUUUGCCUGCCUCUCUGCAGCUGGGACAGGGAGUGAAAUCCAGGCUCUUUAGAGGCCAGAGGGAGUUUGUGAAUAACCCAGGAGAAACUUGCAUCUUCCUCAGUAUCAGUUAACUUCUCUAAAGUAUUUGCUGCUUAAUCUCUGUGAAUAAUUGGUCCUUAGGUGUACACGGGAGGCUCUUGUGGGUAUUUGUUUGAAGUGGUGUGGUUUUCCUGGGCAGGCAGGUCAGGUGCCUCUUUCCUGGCUGGACAAGUGUUGCUCUUGGAGCUGGAUUUACAGUGCAAAUAUUCAUGUCUUGCAAUCCUGGAGCUUGCUGCGAAUUCUGGUUUUGGUAGGAGCAGUUGUUGGAUGGAAUUCCCAUAGAGGAUGAAUGUAGAGGGGGGAGGAAGGCCCCACUGAAGCAAUGGGAAGGCUCCAGGAGGGAAGGUCGAGGUAGGAUCCUAGCAGCUCCCUGAAGGGCUGUGUGUUGCAUUCAGAGGGGUGUGUGUUUUCGGUUGAGUUAAGAUGGGUUUGCUUGUGAAGAUGCCUCUUACUGUGCACUGGUUCGCAGUAGUGGAAGAAUCAGUGUGUUCAUGGUAAGAAUGGGCUUUUACCUUAUUCUCAAUGCCUACAGCCAAAUCCUACCUUCCUUGAGAAUACAAACCUGCCGUUCAAGCUGACAUGGGGCUGGGCACUAAGGGGUGUAGGAUCAGGCCAGGAAGGGUUUAACUGCAAAGUAGUACAUGAGCAUCCUCUUGUUUGCUGUGCUGAACUGCAGUUUCUUUCCACCUUGUUUUACCCAGAGUGGAAAUGGGUCAUUUUCAGCUCAGUCCCUGAUUCCCGUAAGAGGUAGUGACUGUGAGGCAGCCAACUCCCCAGCUGUGUUAUUCAUGACAUGCCAUUUGCUUCGUACAUUGCACAUGCCAAUAGGGAGGUUUUCCUCUGUAAGAUGUUUUUGUGUUGGCUUUGCUGUUCCUGAACCUCGUAGUGCACUGUAGUGACACUGCGAAGACCUUGUCUUUGGGAAAAAGGGUGAUGGGAUUUUGUGUGAAGCUGCCAAGAGUGGAAGAGUGAUGGGUGCUGGAAGUAACUGUGUGCUCAGGGCUAACUCAAGGCCACCCCUUCUUGUAGGUAUUAAAUCAGAGCCCUCGACUGUGAAAACACCAGGCACUUUAAACUCUGCUUUCACUGAAAACUGAAGUCCUCAAAGCCUUCAGGGGCCAGAGCCAUGCACUCAACACUGCCUGGCUGAUGCCUUUGGUAUUUCAAAACCAAUUGCUAUGGUAAAUCUAUGCACUUACUUUUGCGUGUACAUAGAAUUAGAUGUGUCAGUGUCUCCCUCUUCCUGAUUUUUGCACUUGUUAAAGUAGUGGUAGGCAGGUUGUGCAGGCAAGUGAGCUGUGCGUUUCAAGUAUUAGCAGCUUUGCAUUGUGAAACCAAAUGUGUAAAACCCUUGGAAGAUGUUAUGCAGCUUAAUAUAUGCCGUGUAAAAUGGGUAUAUUGGGUUUGUGUUUUUCUCUAAACUUAAACGUUGUGUUUGCAUAAAAGCUAGGCCCAUGAGUGGCAUCAGUGCUUACCCACCUCUGUGGCCCUUUCUCAAAUGUCUGUGGUAGGAGGAGAAGAGGAAGCAAAAGCAAGGGAGUACAGUGAUGAAUAUUUCAUUUCAUUUCAUCAUGUUUCUCCAGGAAAUAAGGAUACCGAGGUGCUUGGAAGCCCUUAAGCAUUCUAUUACCAGCUGAAUUAUUUCUUUUGAUGAAACUGUUUAACAGGGUGUGUGCAGGCAGACAGCUUGGCAUCCAGCAGAAACAGUGUGGGAUCAGCGUGCAUGAUGUGGCUUUCAAUUAUGUUUGGUAGUGAUUCAGCUCAGCUUUUCCAAGUCAGCUAGAGUACAGCACUCCUCCUCCUCAUAGAGACAACGGUCCCUCCAGUUCCUGCUAUCCAAAGGUGUGUUACAAUUAAUGCUGCUCCCAGAUUCAUGGUCACCUGCAGGCAACUGGUCAUUGGAGACGAUGGUGUAGUCAACUCCUCUUGUAGGCAACAGCUCAAAUAAACCCAAAGGUUCAUUCUCCUUUAUCAUGUUGAACUCAAGAGAUGUUAGUUUUCCUGGAGGGAACGUCUGGAGGACCAGUGGGUCUCCCCUCAGCCCAAGCACGAGCAGGACCUGCAUGGAGUAUUACUGCCAUGUAUCAGCCCCUCUCAGCAGAGUGGCACAACUCCAUUUGUGCUGGUUUUCCCACCUCUUGGAACUGUUUUGUGUUUUGGGAAACUGUGCUGUAGCCAUUCCAGGUGACUUUGGUAACUCGUUGUAAAAUACUGUCAUUUUUUAUUGUUGUUGGUUGUAUAGAGAAGUGGGUAUACAGUGUUGUACAGCUGGAGGGUUACUUGUACAUAAGGGGGGAAGUGAGGAAAGUUAUGUGUCACCCCCAGCAAAUAUUGAUAUUGUUGGUCAGCCAAAGAUUUCUUAUUCUUUGCUGUUUAAACUUGUGCCUUAAUAUUGUAUAUAAUAAAUGUAUAAACACGUUUAUUUUC